AUGCUAACAAACAAACCAGGCUUCAAAAAUCUCCGAGCAAUCGGGUACCAAACAGAUGCUCCAUAUGUGUCAUUAUCCGAUUAUUGUUGGUCGUUCUCUUGUCCAAAACCAGGAGCUGAAGUCGAAUUUCUGGAUCUCACUUUUCAAGUUAUGAACUCCACGGGAACUAUCAUUCAGAUUGAUGCAGACAUCGAACAAUCCAUUGAAAUGGUGGCUAAUGGUUCAGCUGAUAUCACUCUAGUAACAGCGCGACAAACUUUGGAGCGAAUGAAAAAGGUUACACCUUGUGCUAACCCAUUUGGACAAAAAAAAACUGUUCAGGUUGAUUUCACGACACCGAUUGGUUUUGUCUACUACGGAUAUUUAGUGAGAGAAAUUCCAGAAAUUGCAGUUGCUGAUUAUAUAAUGGGACUGUUUGACCUAGAUACUCUUGCAAUACUGAUAAGCUUUGGAAUCAUUAUUGGAUCAUUGGUUUAUUUGUACACUUGGCUUUUUGAUAGAAGAAUACGAACCAUUUGGGAUUGGAUGAUAAUUAGUUGUUCUGCUAUCAUCCGUCAAUUCAUGUUUAGAAUCUCAUCGCCAAUAUGUGCACUUGUGGUAAUUGGAUUCUGGUUGUGGUGUUGUCAAGUUAUUAUAACCUACUACGAGGCGAAACUGAAGAGUUUUCUUCUCCUCUCUCAUCACCGUGGUACAAUUUUCAAUACUUUGGAUGGUGUUCUAGAAGCAGCAGAGCACAAGGGUUGGACCCUUGUCAUUCAAAAGUGGGGAUACACUCCAUAUCUAUACUGUAAUCCGGAGCAGUGUGAACGAUUAGAUCGACUAAAGUCAAAAAUAGUGUUUCUUGACAUCGACGACGACAUGAAUCUAGUUAUAACUCAAGAUAAACAUGUUGGCUUCUCUGCUGUGGCUAGUGAUCUUGCUCAAUCGGAUAUCACCUAUUUCGAUUAUCAUUCGAAAAUCCUAUUUGUUCGAGACAAAAUAAUGGCUCCAGAAUAUCUGGCAUAUGCUGUAAACAAAAAUAUCAAAGGUCUCCGAGAAAGGUUCAAUCGUGCCGUUGCGUAUACCAAGAAUGGAUAUGACACAGUUCGGUCCAGAUACAUUGCAUCAUUUGCUAACUACAAUUCUGUGACUUCACAAACUCAAACUGUCACCGUACUUCAAACAACUCAUUUCAUUCAGUUAUACAAGUUCUGUCUUAUAAUUUAUGCAGUCGCGGGAAUCGUACUUCUACUAGAAAUCCUAAUAUAUCGGAUGACACGACACUUUGAGGUGUUCGGCCACACUUACAGCUACAGUUUAUCUGGUUUCGAAUGGAGAUUCGCUCGUCCAAAAUGGGUUCAUUUUCCCAGAAGAAAUACUGUAAUUCUACCAUUGUCCAAAUCUUAUAGCCCUGAAAGAAGACGUGUUACUGUGUGUUGA